CCACGUCUCGUCGUUGCCAUCACAACGCAGACGUGCAGCUCAGGCCCUGACAAUCAGCAAAAGGUUCCAAAACCAAGGGAGAAAAAAAGUCAGCCACGCAGACCCCAAUUCAUUGAUAUUAAGCCACCACCAGCUGUCUCCACAGUCAUUUUUCCGUUACGACAUUGAAUACAGUCGUCCCACCCUUGUAUGAUGGUUUGUGAAGCAAGCCAAUUCACUCGAACCAUAGAGCUCGCUAUUGGGGCAUUCCACUCCCUUUGCAACCAUUGCCGCACUGCCCUCCCCGGAAACAAACACUAGCUAGCCUAGGCACCAAACAAAAACUUGGAACACUGCCCAAAGAGGCCCAACGUUACUGAAUAGUGUUCGCAAUGAACGCGACAAAGAGGAAGUUCAACGCCCUUCUGCAGGGAAUCGGCGCAAGACCAUCCUCACCCUCCUCGAACGAGACAAACACACGACCUGUCGCCUCUCCCUCUCCAUCCGCAUCUCAUACCUCAACGACUAUCAACAACAGCGCCUCCGAUCCGGAUCAAAGCAUGCCGUUCUCAAGCUCGAACAAGAUCGAUCUCCUCAAGCGCCGUAGGGUGGGCGCUCCAGAUUCCUCCCCAACUGCAGACUGUACCUCGUCCUUGGGUAGGGCUCCUACAAUCACCGCCCCAGGCCUGCCUACCGUCCUGUUGAGGAGGACGCCUGGUGGCAAAACCAACAUACGCAAUGGGCCGAUUGCUCAGGAUAAAACCCCGCUCACCAUCCCACGAUAUUGCCCUGGAGAUCGGGACCAGUUGAUCAAGCGCCUGGCCACGUUCCAGGAGCUGACUGACUGGACACCCAAGCCCGACCGCGUCAACGAGGUUGAGUGGGCCAAGAAGGGCUGGGUCUGUAUGGGAAAGGAGCGCCUGCGCUGUACCCUCUGCAAUAAGGAGAUGGUGGUCAAGCUGAACCGUAAGGAGGUUGAGGGCAAGGAGGUUCCGGUUCUUGUUGCUUCUGAGAUUGAGGAUGCCUUGGUGGAGAAGUAUGCCGAGCUCAUGGUAACUGCCCAUCAAGAGGAUUGUCUCUGGAGGGAACGUGGCUGCGAUGAUCAACUCAUCCGACUACCCCUUGCGAACCCUGCAGUUGCACUCGAGGCUCUUCGGAAGCGCUACGACGAGCUCUCCGCCCGCAAGGACUUUUUACCCUACGAAUUUAAUCUACGGCUGCCCGAGAAGCUUGACCUCGAUGCCAUCUUACAUAACCUACCUCCAACCUUCUUCAGCGACCCUCGGCCACCAGCAACUCAACCAACCGUACCCAACCGGUCAGCUUUGGCCCUCGCUAUGAUAGGCUGGCAAGGACUUGAGAAUCCCAAGAUCGGCGCUGUACCCAAUUCAGCCUCGUGUCACACUUGCCUCCGCCGCUUGGGUCUCUGGAUGUUCAAGAGCAAGGAAGUCGACCAGACCACUGGUGCCAUACUCGUACCCGCCAUGAUGGACCAUCUGGACCCGCUCAGGGAGCAUCGCGACUUCUGCCCCUGGAAGAAUGGUCACGCCCAGCGCAGCACGGGAGCCGGGACAUCGUCAAAGUCCAAGACUGGACAGUCGCCUAGCCCGGCCGGUUGGGAAGUGAUGGUGCAAGUGAUCAAAAACGAUGCAUACCUCCGCAACAGGAGUACAAAUAGACUUUUUGGGCAUAAAGGAUCCAAAAGUCUUGGUGGGCAGCCUGCGACCGCGGAAAAGACACCUACCCAGCCUACUACGCCGGUGCGACCGACGACGAGCGGCCACCAUGUCGGGGAUUCGACAAGGGACAACGGUGACGAGGAUGAAGAUGAAGCAACGCGGGACGCGAAGGACAAGGAGCGCUGGGCGAGGCUGCGCCGCGUCAAAAGUUUGUUUGAUCCCAAGGGCAAGCACAAGCUCAAGCGCUCGCAGAGUAGGCCUGGUACGGGGCACGGUUCGACACCGAAGCCAGACACCAGCAACGAACAGGCUGGUUAAGAUGACCGACCUUUUAUUUGUAUUCGAAUCUUGCAAGGCCGAUGUACGAUUACGUAGCAGAACAAGUUGUUUGUGACUGGGUGGCACACUGUCAAAAGCACAAACAGCUUCAAGUCGGAGAUAGAAUAGCGUUUAUGAGCAUGACAAAAAAUGGCUUUAAUUUCCAAUUGUCUAGGUAUCUCUUCCUAGCUUAACUCAAUCUUAAUGUCUCCUUCUACCCUAGUGAACAUUUCCA